GCGCCGCGAGUCUCGUGUGUUUACGUGGAGAAACAUGGCGGCGACGGUGUCAGCUAAACCCGAGUAAAACACUGAAGAAAUCUCACAGAUUUACCGUCUGAUCCGAAGCGGACGCACAUGUCAGCGCUCCGCGUUUAGCGCCAGGCGUGCGGCGCUUUUCUGACGCGCGUCUCCGUGUUUAAGCCGCAGGAACCGCAGAGACGAUGGAAGACGAGGAGCGACAGAAGAAACUACAGGCCGGCAAAGCCAAGCUGGCCGAGUACCGGCAGAGGAAAGCUCAAUCUGAUGGCCAGAAGAAGCAGAAGAAGAAGAAAAAGAAGCCGGAAUCGGACGCGGAGGAGCAGACCGCCGUGUUUUCCCUCCAGAGCGGAGAAACCGUCACACACGACCAGACCUACACCAUUGAGCCCGAGAGUGAAGUCUCGACGACAGCUGAAGACUGUUCAUCUGAGGUAAAUGGUUUCCACGAGAGGACCGAGAGUGAUCUUGUGAUCGGGGAGGAAGAUCUGCAGCCGUCCGAAGCGCACAUGGAGCCUCAGAGCUGCAUACAAAGCAUGGAGGACGAGCUCGCCGCUAAGAACAUGGCCAUGGAGGAGCUGAGCCGCGAGCUGGAGGAGAUCAGGGCCGCGUUUGGAGCUGAAGGAGUGCAGCAGCUGCAGGACUUCGAGGAAGCGCUGACACAGAGGGAUGAAAUCAUCACGCAGCUCACCUCUAAUCUGCAGCAGGCGCGAACCGAGAAGGAGGAGGUGAUGAGGGAGUUCCUGGAGCUGACGGAGCAAAGCCAGAAACUCCAGAUUCAGUUCCAACAGCUGCAGGCCGGUGAGAUACUGCGGAGCUCCAACAUCAGCUCCACCGCCGCAGAUCUGCUCCAGGCCCGUCAGCAGAUCACGCUGUACCAGCAACAGCUGGACGAGAGGGACGCACAGGUCAGAGGUCACCAGGAGAAGACGCAGGAGCAGCUCCUAUUGAUCACGCAGCUUCAGGAGAGUCUGAGUGAAGCCGUGAGGGUCCGCACACAAGCUGAAGAAUCGUUUGCUCAGAGUUUACGAGAAAAGGACUUGCUGAAUACCGAACAUCAGCGUCUAAUAACACAGCUUCAGGAUCAGCUUCUGACUUCCAAACAGCAAGUGGAGGAAAUCAACAAACAUCUGUCUGCGAAAACCCAAGAACUAGACAGCUGCGAAAAAGAGCUCUCCGCGUCCAGACAGAAAGAGCGCAUGUCGUCCGGAGAAAUCCUGCAGCUCAUGAAAACCGUCGAGGACCUCCAGCAGCGCUGCCACCAGGGAGGCCAGUCGGAGAGCGAGACGCUCCGGAGAAUCGAGGACGACUGGAGCCGACCGAUGGAGCAGCUGCGAGCCGAACUGGACGAAAUGUAUGGUCAGCAGAUCGUGCAGAUGAAGCAGGAGCUUCGCACGCAACACGCGACGGAGGUGGAGCGAAUCCGAGCGCAGCAUUGCUCGGAAACCGAGAAGAUCGUCCAGCAGCAUCAGUCAGAGCUGGAGAGGUUUAAAGCUCAGCUGUUCCAGAGCGCCGGAGGCGUUAACGUGCUAAACGUGAAGCUCAUCGAGCUCCAGCAGAAGCUGCAGGAGACGCAAGUGUUGCGCGAAAAGGCGGAGCAGGAGCUAACGCAGGCGAGCGCAGAAAAACUCGGCCUGGCGCAGGAGGUGGAGCGUUUGCGCGACGAGCUGCAAAGAGCGGAAAUACAGAGCCCAGAGAAAAUGCAACAUGCUAUUAGCAACCUGCGGGCGCAGCUCGAUUUGGCACACAAAGCCAAUGGCGAACUAGAAGCCAAGCACGAAUCAGAAAUCACCAACUAUAAGAUCAAACUCGACAUGCUGCAGCGGGAGAAAGACGCGGUGCUGGACCGCAUGGCCGAAUCGCAGGAGUCGGAGCUGGAACGCCUGCGAACGCAGCUCUUGUUUAGCCACGAGGAGGAGCUCUCCCGACUUCGCGACGACCUCCAACGGGAAAGCCAGCUGAAUGUGGAGAACCUGCGCGACGAGUUGGGCGUGAGGCACCGCGAGGCUUUGGACGGUUUCGAGGACAAGCUGCGGUCGGUGGAGCGAGAGAGGGUGGCGCUGGCGGCGGAGAGACUCGUGCUGCUCGAGGAGAUCGUAGCAUUGAAAAACGACCUGAAUCGGGCGACGGAAAGCGUGAGAGCUGAGGAGAUGGUCGCGCAGCUGAAGGAGCUGCAGGCGGAAGUCGGAAGCGAAGAAAAAGACUUGCAUGCAACCGCAAGGGAUGAGCUGACAGCGCUGAAGAACGAGCGCGAAAACCUCCUGCAGAAAAUCGCCCGCCUUUCCUCGGACAACGAACAGAUGUGUGCGCGACUGAAAGAGCUUCGGGAGGAGACUGAAAAGCAGAAAAACACGUUCUCCUUCGCUGAGAAGAACUUCGAGGUGAACUACCAGGAGCUGAAAGACGAGUACACAUGCCUGGUGAACGCUAAACUACAGCUAGAGCAGCGCUUGGUCAGAGAAGCCAUGGAAUAUGAGACCAAACUCAGAGAUCUGCAAAUGAGACACGAGGAGGUGGAUGGGAAGACGCCAAUUGAAAAAGACUCUUCUGAGCUGAUGGAGAAGCUGGAGACGGCUGAGAGCGAGAAGAAGAGCUUAGCGGAGCGUCUCUCGAUGAUGCAAACGGAGCUGGAGAUGCUGAAGAGAGACAGAGACGAAGAGCUCUUCGACUGCAGCGUUGCUGGUGGGCUGUGCUCAGUGGAGACACAUCACGGUCACAUCAGAUCUUUGCGGGAGGAACUGGAUGCCUUGCAAGACGAGGAGCGCCUCGAAGCAGUGCAGCCGCAGCCACAGGAGGGGAGGGAGAGAGAGACGCCUGCGAGUACUCCAGCGCGCCGGCUCGCUUUACACACACACACAGCAGCAGCAGCAGCAGCAGCGCAUGAGGAUCAGCUCUCAGCGCCCAACAGACUCCCACAGCAGGUAAGAGCCGCUGCUAACGAGGAGUGUCGUCUGCAGCUGGAGGCUCAGCGCAUCAGUCUGUCUCAGAUCCACGCCGCUCACCUGGAGCUGCUCCGAGAGAGUCUGUGUGCGCAGACGCAGGAGGAGAGGAGGAGAGAGAACGGUCAUCCCGCAGAGCUCAUGGCAGAGUCUGAGGAGUGCUCUGCGCGUCUGGAGAUCGAGCGGCUGAAGAGCGACUAUCAGCAGCAGAUGGAGGAGACGCAGGAACGCUUCAAGGCCGAGGUCCUCCUGCUGCAGAGGAGACUCCAGGAGCUCACAGGAGCCGGCGAGAUCUUCAGGGAGCAUCAAAGCAGGCAGACGCAGGAGGAGAGGAGGAGAGAGAACGGUCAUCCCGCAGAGCUCAUGGCAGAGUCUGAGGAGUGCUCUGCGCGUCUGGAGAUCGAGCGGCUGAAGAGCGACUAUCAGCAGCAGAUGGAGGAGACGCAGGAACGCUUCAAGGCCGAGGUCCUCCUGCUGCAGAGGAGACUCCAGGAGCUCACAGGAGCCGGCGAGAUCUUCAGCAUGCCGAGCGUCUAUCCGCCGCUGACGAGAGACGAGCGCCGUGAACAUCUUCAGGAGGAGGAUGAGGAGGAAAGACUGAGAGACGCGUGUCCUCCGGAGGAGCCCCAUCUCAGACGCCUGGAGGAGGAGAUCGCCAAGGUGAUCGUGCAGAUGUCGGUUGAGUUCGCCCAGCAGACCGAAGAGGCCCGGAUCAGCAAACAGGCCCGCGAGACAAGCACCGGCACACAGACGGACGACAGCGAGGAUGAGGAGGAACGACUGAACUCUGUGAGCCUGAUGAAGUCUCCUGAAGAAGAGCAGACCUUCAUCACUGAACACACAACACAAGAGGAGGAGGAUGAGGAGGAUGAAGAGCACUUGCGCUCUGAGCUGGUCCCGCAGGAGGAGGCUCUCAGAUCGUCACACACACUUCAGCUGGAGGCGUAUCAGGGGCAGAACACACUCCUGACGGCUCAGAUACACACACUCACCCAGCAGCUCCUGCAGACGGAGCUGGAGCUGCAGCAGAUGAAGGAGAGACGAGACGAGACAGAGAGACGGAGAGAUGAACACCUGCUUCCCAGCAUGCAAAGCUGCAGCACACAGACAGAGCAGACGAGAGAGGAAGAGGGAGAGGAGGAGGAGGAGGGCAGAGGUCAGGGAAGAGCCGUGACAUCGGACCCAGAGCUCUCGUCUGAUGUCGACACCACAGAGAGGGAUGUGCUGCGUCAGGCGAACGCUCGUCUGCGUCAGGCGCUGAUCGAUGUGCUGAAGACGACGGCGGCGGCGGAGGAGACCAUCGGCCGUCAUGUGCAGGGCAUCCUGGAGGCAUCCAGCGUGAAAGCAUCAGACGCGUCCUCGGAGAGCUUUCUCAGCAGAGAGACGGCUGCUGAUGACCUCAGCCUGUUUUCAGCAGAGACCGAGAGCGACGGAGGGCUGGAGCUCUUGCUGAAGAUCCAGGGGGCGGAGCUACAGCUGCAGGGGGCGGAGCUCCUGCCGGAGAGGGAGGAGCUUCUGCUGAGCAUCAGCACACGACUGCAGAGCGCCGUCGAGAAGCUACUCAUCGCCAUCACUGAGACCAGCACUCAGCUGGAGCAUGCGCGGAUCACACAGACGGAGCUGAUGAGGGAGAAGUUCAGACACAACGAGGAGAUGGAGGAGCUGCAGCGCAGACAGGAGGAGCUGCAGGAGUGUCUGGGAGAAGAGGAGCGAGCUCGGGAGCAGCUGGCACUGGAGCUGCACAAAGCUGAAGGUUUGAUUGACGGCUACACCGGCGAGCGCCUGGCGCUGGAGCAGCAGAUCCGCGAGCGCGCCGAGCUGCAGCUGCAUCUGGAGCAGGAGCUGAUGGCGACCGCUAGCCGUCUGCGUGAACUCGAGCAGGAGCGCCAGCAGAUUCACCACGAGCACGAGCUGCUGUCGCGCCAGCAGGAUGCCAUGAGAGAAGGGGCGGGGCCUCGAGAGCUGCACCUGCUGGAGGAGACGGAGAAGCUGAUGGCGGAGAAGGUGGAGGUGCAGCAUCAGGCGCAGAAGGAGAGCGGCGAGCUGCUGAAGCAGGUGAAGCCGCAUUCUGAGUUCGUGUCCCGCCGUUCUGAGUUCCUGUCCCGCAGUUCUGAGUUCCUGUCCCGCAGUUCUGAGUUCCUGUCCCGCAGUUCUGAGUUCCUGUCCCGCAGUUCUGAGUUCCUGUCCCGCAGUUCUGAGUUCCUGUCCCGCAGUUCUGAGUUCGUGUCCCGCCGUUCUGAGUUCGCAGUUCUGAGUUCUUCUGAGUUCCUGUCCCACAGUUCUGAGUUCGUGUCCCGCCGUUCUGAGUUUGUGUCCCGCAGUUCUGAGUUCGCACAUGCUAAGCGUGUCACAUGGUCUGAGUGUUUCUGUCCUUCUGUCCAUCAGGAGCAGGCAGCGGACAGGGAACACGAGCGAGACGUCUUUCAGCAGGAGAUUCACAACCUGGAGCAGCAGCUGAAGAAUCCCGCCAAAACACAGACAGGAAGUGACCGGCGGGACAGAGAGGUGCAGGAGCUGAGCGCGGCGCUGCAGGAGAAGGCAGACUGGUGCAGUGAGCUGCUGCUGAGCUCGGAGCAGCUGCAGAGAGAUGUGUGUGAGAGAGACGAGGAGAUCGAGACGUUGGGAGUGCGCCUGAGGGAGCUGGAGCACACACUCAUGCACAGGAUGGUGAAUCUGGAGGAGCAGCUGGAGCAGUUUCGAGAGGAUCUGGAGAACAAGAGCGAGGAGGUGAAUCAGCUCCACAUGCAGCUGGAGAUCCAGAGGAAGGAGAUCAGCAGCCAUCAGCAGGAUCAGGCCCGGCUCGCUCAGAUCGUGAAUCUGGAGGAGCAGCUGGAGCAGUUUCGAGAGGAUCUGGAGAACAAGAGCGAGGAGGUGAAUCAGCUCCACAUGCAGCUGGAGAUCCAGAGGAAGGAGAUCAGCAGCCAUCAGCAGGAUCAGGCCCGGCUCGCUCAGGUCUUGGAGGAGAAGGACAGGCAGAUAGCCGUCCUUAACGAGCAGCUCGCUAAGCGUCAGCGCGCGGGAACAGACCCUGAGAAAGAGGCGCAGGUGGAGGAGAAGGACGAGGUUCUGCGUGAGCUGGAGGCGCAGGUGGAGUGUCUGCGGAGCGAGCAGGAGCGUCUGAAGAGGAACAGCGAGGAGGAGGUGGAGCAGCUCAACGCCGUCAUCGAGAAGCUCCAGCAGGAGCUGUCGCGCAUCGAGCACAAGCAGCCGCAGGACGAGAGCGACGAGAUGAAGCAGAGGAUGGAGGAGGCUCUGCGGGAGAAGACGGCUGCGCUCGUGGUGCUGCAGGCCCAGGUGCAGGCGUUGGAGGAGAGCGCAGGGUCACGGGUCACGAGCUUGAGUCGGCGGGUGGAGGAGCUGGAGACCAGCGUGGAGGAGAAGGACUCGGAGCUGCGCGCGUGCAGGUUGAAGGUGGAACAAGUGCAAAGGUACGCCGACACUCUGUAUGCUGAAGUGGCUCAGCUGGAGGAGAAACUCAGGGAGAACGUGGCCGCUGUUCUGGUCAGUCAAGCACAACUGGAAGCCAUCCAGACGCAAACCAAAGAGCUCCGCGCUGAGGCACACGCAGGAGAAGCCAUGGGCCUCAGCGCGCAGCUGCGGUCGGAGGGCCUCACGGCGCAGGGUGGAGCCUCCACAGGGAAGACGAGCCUGCUGACGGAGAAGCUGAAGGAGCUGGAGGAGGGUCUGAGCGGGAUGCAGAAGGACCAGGAGCUGCAGAAGCAGCUGUUGAGAAGCUCUGAGGAGGAGGUGAUGGAGUACGAGAGGAGGUUAGCCGUGAUGAUCGACCUACUGAACCAAAUGAGAACCAGACCAACCCAUCACAGACUGUCGCCGCCAGCUGAGGCGUCAGGUGAGGCCGGUCAGUCGCUGUCAGAGCUGCUGCAGGAGGUCAAAGGUCAAGCUGCGUCCACUAAAGAGGAGCUGAACUGCUACAGAGAUCUGAGCCACAAGCUUCAGGAGGAGAUCGAGAUGAAGGAGAGCACGAUCACGCAGCUCCAGACGGCCCUCAAUCAGGUCUCCGCGAGCACGCGUGAAGAAGACGCUGCUGAGACGGCUCAACGCCUCCAGGAGGUCAGAGGUCAAGCGAGCUGCAGGGAUCAGAGCGCCAGACUGCAGCUCAGAGACGCGUCCAUCGUUGAGCUGAAGGUCAAAGUUCAGGAGCUCCAGACCGCUUUGGCCAAAUCCAGCGAGGAGCCGUCCCAGCCUAAACAGAAAGGAGAGCAUCAUGGGAUGGACAGAAGCACAAGAAAAGCCCACAGGAGCUCCUCAGAGCAGUCGGAGAGCUCCUCGCUGCAGGAGGUGAUGCUGGGAUACGAGGAGAAGAUCGCACAGAUGCAGGAGCUGCAUGCGGCUGAGAUCCUGGACAUGGAGGCCAGACACAUCUCUGAGAGCGAGAGCCUGAGGAGAGACAGCCAGCGGCUGGAGGACGAGUGCCGAGUGCUGAGAGACGCCAUCCACACGCUCCAGAGCUCACAGGCUCCGUCAGUGAGGUCUGAACAUCCAGCGGUCUCUCCGUUUAAAGAUGGAUACGCCAGUGACGGGAGUCACCUGCAGCAGGAGAAGCGCAGCACACCUGAAGGAGCGCGCCGAGACACGGAGCCAGACCUUCUGCCCGACAGGAUCAAGAGCCUGCUGCGCGAGGUGCAUCAGGAGGGCAUGCAGGUGCUGUCUCUCUCCGAGCUGCCGCUGUCUGAAGCGGAUCGAGCUCCUCAGAGCUGGAGCAACGAGAGAGACGCCUUCAUGAACACGGUCGAGUCCCUCCAGCUCCUCGUCAGCACGCUGCAGACGGACACACAGCUGGAUGGCGACUGGCGAGCGGAGCUGCUUUCAGCUGUUCAGCAGGUGUUUGUUCAAGAGCGAGACGUGCUAAAAAACAUCUUAUACUCUCAUCUGGAGCGACUGGACACGGCUGACGCUGUCAUUCAUCUCAACCAGCUGGAGAGAGCGCUAGCGGAGCAGGACGCGCGGCACAGGCAGUUGAUGGGAGCGCUGUGCACCACGGACAGAAACAGCCUGCUCUCAGAGAUCCAGCAGCUCAGAGAUCAGCUCCACAUGCUCACAGCGGAGCAAACACAGCGCCACCAUCAGGACAGCGCCGGAAUGGAGAGCGAGAGGCAGGUUGAAGCAAUGCCGGUCGGAUCCGGCUCUGAUAGACUGGAGGAGAUGAAGACUGAACUCAAUCAGACUAAACUAGAGCUACAGAGCGCUCUAAAAUCACAACACAAACACCUGAAGGAGCUCGACACACUCAGGGCUGAGGUCUCCCUGAAGGCCGCAGAGGUCGACACACUGAACGACAGACUGGCACACGAGCAGAAGAGAGCCAGAGAGCUGCAGUGGUCUUUCGAGAAGGAGAAAUGCAAGUCUGACAGGAAGGAGGAGACCGAGAGAGAAGAAGUGGAGGAUCUUAAGCUGUCUCUGGAGGAGCUGUCGAGCGCUCUGGAGAAAGAGAGACAGGUUUCAGCUCGGCUCAGAGAGCAGGCGCAGGAGCUCAGCGUCUCCUCACAGCUGCAGGUGGAGGCCGGCGUGGUUUCUGUGGAGUCUCUCCUGCAGACGCAGCUGGCCGAGAAGCAGACGCAGGUGCUGCAGAUGAUGGAGGAGCUGGAGAGACACAAGCUGGAGCGCAAACGACAGCGGGACGAGGAGAAUGCACUGCGGGCGACACGCGCCGGCCUGGAGAGACGGGCGAGCGAGCUGCAGACGGAGCUGGAGAGAGAGAGAGACAGCGUCAGGAGGCUGGAGAGAGAGCGAGACAUACUGCAGGAGACCGUGAGACAGCUGGAGGACAGCAACCAGAGCGCUGGAUCAGAGGAUCGAACCCGGGACUGGGUGUUGCGGACGGGAGACGCUCUGCGUGUGGGUCAGAGGUCAGAGCCCAAACACAUGGACAGCAUCCUCAGCAGACUGCAACUCAUCGCCGCCAAGAUCAACAGCCUGACCAGCGAAAGCCCAGACAGGUUAUCUGGAGAAGCGCCGGACCGGGACAGUCUAGCAUGGCUGCACAGUAAUGUACAGGAUGUGAUGUCACUGUUACAGCAUAUCCCAUCAGCCCCUUCUGCUCUCCCGGAGAGCGCCGCGCUGCUGGCAGGAGGAUCGUCCAGUCUGCUGAAUGAGCGUUUACUCAGACAUAACGCAGAGCUCACGGGAUUCGUUAGCCGACUGACGGAAGAGAAGAACAACCUGCGAAACCAGUUACUGAAGCUGGAGGAGGAGCUGCGCAGAUACAGACAGAAGAAAACCACCUCAGAGAGCAGUUGGAUCGGGGCUGGCGUGGAGCGUCAGGAGCUGGUGGUGUUUUCUAGCGAGCGUGACUCGUGGGCUCAGGAGAGGAAUCGUUUGGAGAAGUCUCUCCGUCAGGCCGAGGCAGAACUGAGCCGUCUGAGAGCAGAGAUUAUUCACUCCGAAGCGCUGCGGGAUCUGACCGCAGCCGAUCUGGACAACACGGCCCUCAGGAGGAUGUAUGGGAAAUACCUGCGAGCCGAGAGCUUCCGGAAGGCUCUGAUCUAUCAGAAGAAGUAUCUUCUGCUGCUGCUGGGAGGAUUUCAGGAGUGUGAGGAGGCCACGCUGUCUCUGAUCGCCCGGAUGGGAGGCUUCCCUGCACACACCUGUCUGGAGUCUGUGAGCCGUCAGCGCAGGGGCUUCACACGCUUCAGAUCGGCCGCGCGCGUCUUCAUCGCCCUCUCCAGGAUGAGGUUUCUGGUGAAGCGAUGGCAGAGAGCAGCUGAAGGAAGUGACACGUCUCAGAUUGUCAACAGAAACGGCCUCGCUCAGAUCACAGGUGCGGAUGUGAGGAACGAGUCAUCGUAUCUUCACCCCGGCGGUGUGGAGGCGUUCAGAGAGAGACGAGCGAGCAGCCGCGGACGCACGGGACGGGACUCUCCUCGCUCCGCUGCAUCGCUCCAGCACAGGUUUCACUCGGCGGCCGGUGACGGCGGAGGUUUGCCGUGUUCACACCUGCAGAACUACGACCCCGACCGUGCUCUCACCGACUACAUCUCUCGUCUGGAGGCUUUGCAGAGACGUCUGGGGAGUGUGCAGUCAGGUUCCUCUUCGUACGCUCAGUUGCACUUUGGAGUCAGAAGAUGAAGGUCUUCAUUUACAUUGAAACUGGCUUGAAGAAACGCAGUUGCCUUCUCUUGUGCUGAGCUGCUGUGCUUUUGUGUUCUGAUGAUAAACCUGUACAAUUCUGUGGGACCAAAACCACGUUUGUUUGUUUUUGUUUUGUGUUUGUGUGAAUCAUCUUAUAAUCGAGCUUCCGUUGAAACCGCUUCAACGUCUGUGCAUUAGUUCUACCUUAUUUGUUGUUAAAGCAAAGCAAUCAUGUUACUGUAUAUUUGUGGAAUGCUAAUUUAAGUUGAUUAAUUUAAGAGGUGUUGAGAGAGUUUGCUGCUGCGCUGAGCCACGCUGUACUCGUCACAAACACUAAUUAAACGAAGGCCAAACGAGCCUCGUUAAGGCUUUCCGAGCUUAUCAGAUACUCUACACUGUGUUUUAUUUGCUCGCUCCCGUGAAAAGACCGCAGGACAUUUGUAGAAGACAUAUUUUUGUAAAGGUAGGAGCUUCGGAUUUUAUGGGUAUUUUGUCAAAACUGAAAUAAAAAUUAAUAUAAUAUUUGAAAACUG